AUGGAAGAAGCAAUACAAAAAGAGUUGGGAUUAAAAACUCUCAGAUCAUUCGGUGGUGCAGCUAGUGGUUGCAUCAGCAAAGGAAGUGGUUAUCAUUCAGAUCUUGGUGAUCUGUUCAUCAAAUUUAGUGACCGUGAAAAUGCUAAGCGUAUGUUCGAUGGAGAAUUUGCAAGUUUAGAAGCUAUAUAUCGUACGAAAACAAUACUUGUACCAAAACCAGUCAAGAAUAUAUCCGUUAAUAAUCGGCACUGCUUUAUUACGGAAUACGUUGAUUUACAUGGUCCUUCGAAACCUUCACAACUUGGUCAAGAUUUGGCACGGUUACAUAUGCACAAUGCAUGUUUAUUGAAAGAGAAAGAGCGUGCAAGUAAUUUUGUUGGCGGUCAGGAAAAAGCCGCAGAAUCAAUUACGCAAUUUGGAUUUCAUAUGCCCACUUGUUGUGGUUAUUUGCCCCAAAUGAAUGAAUGGUGUGGCGAUUGGGUGAAACAUAACGACAGAGAUUUGCUAUCAUUAUGGCCUCAGUUGGAACGAAAAAUUCCAACAUUCUUUAAAGAUAUUGGAAGUAUUGUUCCAGCUCUUGUUCACGGAGAUUUAUGGUCUGGAAACUAUGGUUAUUGUAUGGAUGGACCAGUGGUUUUUGACCCUGCUUCAUUUUAUGCUCAUAGUGAAUAUGAACUUGGUAUAAUGAAAAUGUUCGGAGGUUUUGGUAAAGCUGUUUAUUCCGCUUAUCAUGAAAUCAUUCCUGAAGCAAAAGGCAUUCAAAAACGUGUCCAAUUGUAUGAACUAUUCCACCAUCUGAAUCAUUGAGUGGCGGUGAUGGAGUGUUUCUCGAAGGAUGAUGAGGGCAGGCUUGAUGAACUUAUUUUCAUUCAUCGUUUUGCAUUUACUAUUGCUUAUGUGGAUAGUCGUAUUCAUUCGGCUACAUUUUCCUCCACCUACGGUAGCCGUUCCAUUGACUGGUUUUUUGAUAUAUCAUGUGAUCGCCGAGCACCACAAAUUCGACUUGCACAACGACGAAUGCGAAUCGACGAAACGUACCCGUCGGGUCUUAUUCUUCUCAAAUAUUAUGCUGUUUCCAGGAAGUAUGAUCAAAUUAAUGAAUUCGAAAUGCAAGAAAGACCAUUCAGUGGCUUAUUUGUUGUUCCAGAAGAUAGUGAAUUCUUUCGGUCGAUUUUCACUACCCUCCAUUCGCAAACAUUUGAUGGUGGUGAAAUAGUUCUUACCGUGAGAAUUAUUUUCAAAGUUAAAGAUUUUUUCGGAAUGCUACGACGUCGUGAAAGGGCUCCACCGACUCAAAUUCACGAGAACGAUUCUCGAUCAGUCGCAUUGGCACAAAUUCUAGAUGUUCAAAGAGAUUUCAAAAUUAUGGCUAAUGAUGGAGAGAUUAAGACAUCAAAAUAUUUGCUGUACUUGUCGACAAAUUACUUCCACGAGUUGAUCACGACAAACCCGUUCGCUUCCUCUACUGUCCUUGACUUUAAUCGUGAAAUUAUUGAAAAGGUUCUUGACUUUGCAUUUAAAGGCACUUAUAAUAUGGAAGUACAGUUAAUUGACAAAGUUCGGAAAUUUUUGCAGUGCUUCCGACAGAAUUGGAAAAGUGUGAGUUUGGACGACGCCGUCAAAAUACUAGAUAUCGCUUACGAACAACAGUUUGCCAAUCUUCUCGAUUCGGCGAUGAACCUUAUUGUCGAUCAGUACUUCAUUGAUUUUCGACUCGGGUACAAUGAACAUUCGGAAGGUGAGAACGGAGAGCUAUUUCGACGGCUGAACCAUUCGGAGAUUGCCGAUUUCUUGGCUCCGACGAACGUAAUGUUAACAAGUUAUCGGAAACGUGGUUCUGUGACGCGAAUAUUGAAAUAUAAAACAAGAGUACCUCCAAAAAGACAGUUUGUUGAAUGA